CUGUGUGGCAGCAGCAUGGCACGGCGGGCACGCAGCAGCAGGGCCUGGCACUUCGUGCUGAGCGGGGUGCGGCGCGAGGCGGACGGCCGGGUGGGCAGCGUGGCACAGCGCGGCUGGGGCUACGACUCCGACGGGCAGCACAGCGACUCGGACUCGGAGCCGGAGCUGUCGGCGCUGUCGCCCUCCAUCCCCAGCGCCAUCCCUGUCACCGGGGAGUCCUUCUGCAACUGCGAGAGCCAGAGCCAGGCGCCCUACUGCGCCGGCCUGCACGCCCUGCACCGCCUCAAAGACUGCCGCUGCGGCGAGGAGGACGAGGAUUUUGAGUGGGUGUGGGACGACCUGAACAAGUCCACAGCCACGCAGCUGAGCUGUGACAACCGGAAGGUGAACUUCCACAUGGAGUACAGCUGCGGCACCGCCGCCAUCCGUGGCAACAAGGAGCUGGCUGAGGGGCAGCACUUCUGGGAGAUCAAGAUGACCUCUCCAGUCUAUGGCACGGACAUGAUGGUUGGCAUCGGGACGUCGGAUGUGAACCUGGACAAGUACAGGCACACCUUCUGCAGCCUGCUGGGCAAGGACGAGGACAGCUGGGGGCUGUCCUACACAGGCCUGCUGCAUCACAAGGGAGACAAAACAAACUUCUCCUCACGCUUUGGCCAGGGCUCCAUCAUUGGGGUGCACCUGGACACCUGGCACGGGACCCUCACCUUCUUCAAAAACCGCAAGUGCAUUGGAGUUGCAGCCACAAAGCUGCAGAACAAGAAGUUCUACCCCAUGGUGUGCUCCACGGCGGCCAAGAGCAGCAUGAAGGUGAUUCGGUCCUGCGCCAGCUGCACCUCGCUGCAGUACCUCUGCUGCUUCCGCCUGCGCCAGCUCCUCCCCGACUACGUGGACACGCUGGAGGUGCUGCCCCUGCCACCAGGACUCAAGCAGGUGCUCCAUAACAAACUGGGGUGGGUCUUGAGCAUGAACUAUAGCACCUCGAAGCCUUCCUCCUCCUCCUCCUCCUCGUCAGGAAGUGACUCGGAUAGCUCGGACGCAGAGGCCUGCCAAAGGAAGAGGUGCAGGAGGACAUAGUGUCUGCAGAUGGACUGCUGGGGGACAGUUGGGGUGGGGGUGUUCUUUCCCUCACUAUCUGUGAGGGCCAGCCAGGCCUGCAGCACCUCUCUUCUUCAUGGGGACUUCCAUUUCUACUCAUUGGCAAAGAUUUCUCUUAGGCUCUUAGAAAUCUUCUAGCCUGCAUCCAUCACAUGCAUUGAUCAGAGGCUUGUUGAGUCUAAGAGGUCCCAGCUCUGUGAAGCAGCCAAAACACCUGAGCUUCAACUACCCCUGACUUGCCAUCAUCUCUUCCUGAAGGAUCUCUGUUCUCUCUGUCAGCACAGACAAGAUGUAAGGUGGCCUCCUGGCUUCAAGGUGUGCUAGGCUCCAGCCAGGUAACUGACUUGAGACUUCCAAGAGACAAAAUCCAAGAGCAGUCCUCCCCUGCUGACUGCUGUGUGGUGGUUUGGUGUCUGCCAUGGACUCCUCACACUGUGGGGCACAACUGAGCAGCAGCACAUAGGGAAAGGGGCUGCAGAGAUGCCACUGUGGCACAGUUCCUGAGGUGGGUUUGAGCUGUUGGUGAUCUUCCUGGAGUCCCUGAUGACUUUAAUUGCUUUGCAUGUUGGCUCCUGCUACUUCUGCUGUAUCAUAAAGACUGUAUUCAACUGUAAUAAUAA